CAAUAUUGUAGAUGAAAAAAAUUGAUUUAUAAAAUCAUCAUCAUCAUCAUCAGCCAAUGAUGUGUGUAUCAACAUUUUGAUCAACUUGUUUGUCUCUCUGUGUGUGUGUGUGUGUGUGUGUCCACAUUCAAAUGAAAAAAAAACUCAUUAAAUGAAGCCAUAAAAGAGUUAUUGACAAUUUUUUUUUUGAUUGGAUCUGGUUUCAUCGUUUUGAAUUGCCAAAAUUUCUUUGAUCUCUUUUUUUUAUUUUUACUAUUAAAUAACACAUCACAUCAUCAUCAUCAAAAUGAAUUUAUCAUCAUUUAUUCUAAUAUUUACAAUGACCAUUACGUUUUGUCCAUUAGAUCGUGCACAAUUAUUAUUAUCAUUGAAAAAUUCAUCAUCAAUUUUUAUGGCCAAUAAUAAUCGAUUGUCCACUGUGGACAGUAUUACGAAUGAUUUACGAAUACAUCGUCAACAUUAUUCUGAUCGUCGAUAUAAAUUAUCAUCAAAACAACAACAACAACAAAAACGAAAUUCAACCAAUACAGUGGCAAUGAAAUUAUCGCAUCGUAUUAAACAAUCCAAAUCAAUGAUUUCAUCAUCAUCAUCAUCAUUACCAACACCAGGAAAAUGGGAACCAAUAUGGAAUGAAUUAUUUCCACGACCAAAAAGCAUAUCAUCUGUUCGUUUUUAUUUAUAUAGCCGUUUGAAUCCCGAUAAUGGCCAUGAACUUUGUAUUGAUGAUCAUGAAUCCAUUAAGCAAUCAAAUUAUAAUCCAAAUAAACGUACAAUAUUUCUUAUUAAUGGAUGGCAAGAUAAUCGUCUAUUUGCUAGAUGGGUACGAGAUGCUAUACGUUUAUUACUUUUACGUGAUGAUCAAAAUGUAAUAUUUGUUGGUUGGCGUAGUUUGAAUGAAUUAUUUGUUGCUGCUAUGAUUAUACAAAGUUAUUCAUUAUAUUUAGCACGAUUUAUCAAUUUUCUGAAGUCAAAAUAUCAUUUAAAUGGUGAACAAAUUCAUUGUAUUGGUCAUAGUUUAGGUGGUUUUAUGUGUGGAUUUGCGGGCAAUAUUACUUUUAUUGGUCGUAUUACUGUAAUGGAUGCUGGUCCACGGCCAUAUUUUCAACGAAAACCAUCACAUCAACGUUUAAAUCGUUUUCAAGCUGGUUUUAUGGAUGUUAUACAUUCAGAUUUUCAUCCAAUAUUUUCAUUAGGUUUAACAAUACCUUAUGGUGAUAUUGAUUUUUUUCCGAAUUCUGGUACACCACAACCAGGUUGUUGGCAAGAUAAAUUAUAUAAACCAAUGAAAGAAUUAACCGAUAGUAAUGGUGAUGGGCCAUUGACUAGUUUAUUUCAAUUUCCACGUUAUCUAUUAUUCUGUUCACAUUAUCGUUCACAUGAAUGGUUUUUUGAAUCAAUAUGGAAUCAACAAUGUCAAUUUAUUGGUGUAUUAUGUCCAAAUUAUCAAAUGUUCAUCAAUGGGGAAUGUGGUUGUGAAGAUAUAUGGAUAGAUGGCCAUGGUGAAACAACAUGUGCAUUAAUGGGUUAUGAUGCUGAAUAUGCUAUACUGAAACAAGGUUUAACAAAAUUUUCACCACAAGGUAAAUGGUAUCUGAAAACAUCGGAUUUUAUUGAUCAAACAAAACAUCAUUGUCAAUAUCAAUAUCAAUUGAUUGUAAAAUUGGGACAAUUUAUACCGCAUAAUAAUAUCGGUAAUGAUAAUGAUUCAACAACAACAACAACAACAACAACGGUGGUUGUAACUAUUGUUACUAAAUCAAAUGAUGACAAUAAAAUGUCUAAUAAUCAGAUUAUAUUGAAUGAAAAACUAUAUCCACGACAUUAUCCACAAUUACGACCAAAUCAUCGUCUAAGUAAAUUGAUUAUUCGACCACAUUCAUUACCAUUGAAACGAAUCGAAUAUAUACUGGUUUCAUUACAAUCAUCAUCAAAUGAAAUUAGAUUGCAAUCAAAUUUAUUCAUUACAAUAUCGUGGAUAAAAUUAGCACCAAUUCAUGUUGUACAAAAUGAACCAUUAUUUUUUUGCCAUCUAGAUCAUUAUAUAUGGCCAGGUAAAAGUAAUAUGAUGAAACCAUGUUCAACUCAUUGACAUAUCGAUUUAGAGUGUGGUAUUAGUGUGUGUGUGUGUGUGUGUAUUUGCUAUUUAAUUUAAUUUAAUUUUUUUUUCUCCACUGUAAAUAACACUGUGUG